CCCAAAAGAGGAGGACGCGUCCUGAAACUGAAAAAUCACGGUCCCAACGAGUUCUCACGCGACCAAAUUCUGAAUUAUAUAACAUUCAAGUGCUGUUUGUUUUGUGACCAGUUCACUCUUUACGAGGCGACACGGGAUGUAACGAACCAAAGCUGAACAGCAACGGCCAUUAAAACGCGCCGCACCGCCCGCUCCGAACAAUGCUUAGACAGGGACAGAGUAGCGUCAGUGCAGCGGGUGCGAGUGUGAUGUAGAGAUGUCUGGCUGGUGGCUGGUGGUGGCGAUGGUGCUGGUGGCGUCGGCGCGGGGCUGGGACUGCGUGUGCAACCCGCGCGAGUGCGAGGUGCUGGAGCCCAGCGGCUGCCCCGGACAGGGCGUCGUGGUCUGGGAUCCUUGCAGAUGCUGUAAGGUCUGCGCUCGGACGCUCGGCGAGGAAUGUGGGGGGUUCCGGGGCACGUGCGAGCCGGGACUCAAGUGUUAUGAAGACUCCUGCACGCCCAUCACGUGAAACACGCCCUAACAACCACACCACUUGUAAUAUACUUGUAAAUAAAUAAAUAAAAAACAUAUCUUCAAAAACAUAGCUUAAACGAGAGGACCAGAUGAAACUGCGAAGAAUUCAUAAGAAAUAAAAAGGAAUGGCUUAAUUUUAACAUUGGAUGUUGUGUCUAUGGAUGACAAUGAGAGACCCUCAGUAAUGGAUAAUACUUAAUUGGAAUUAUUCUUCGGGUUGCAGUGUUGUCGCCACUCACUGAAAUAGUCAUCUUGAAAAAUUAAUACUAUAUUCAUUUAUUGGUACAACUCAAUAGCAAUCAUUUGUGUAUUGGCAUUGAGUCUUUGCAGAACUAAUGGUAUCAUAAAUUACGAUCCUUUUCGUUAUGUCUAAAACUACCUUGUUUAUACCAAAUUUUAUAUUGUUUUAGCGGUGUGUUCUGGAAUUCAUAUGGAAAUUUACUAAUAUCUGAAGAUAUUUGUGUGUGCUUCCAUGUAAUUCGUAACAGUAAAAAGUUAAUGGAGUCUAAGUUUUAGAGUAAACUCGUGUUAACUGUGUAAAUACAAUGUAACUAUAUCUU